CUUCCGGUUCCGGUUGUUGGCGGCUCGGUAGGAUGAGCGGGGCUCUGGGCCGCUGGCGGGCGGGGCGGUGGCUGUGCCCACCGGUUCCGCGGCGGUGGCUGGCGCGGCGGGGCCCCGAGGGCGCGGAUCCGGAGGGGGGCCAUCCCCUUCUCCGGCAGCAAGGCCAGCCCGCGGGUGUGGAGUGUCCGCCGUUCCAUGGGAGCGACCACGAGCGGCCCUGGGGGAAGGUGCUGCCCCUCAGCUUGCUGGGCACCGGGCUCCUGCUCUGGUGCCUGUUCCGGGAGAGAACGGAGAUUGAUGAGCGGCUGGAAGCGGCGUUCUCCGGUCAGAUGGCUGACUCAGGUUCUGCCCCAGAGGACAAUGCUCUCGUGCAGCUGCAGACGGGGAAAUGAGGGGAGCGCGGCUGCAGUAAGGUUGCUGGCAUUCACCUGGUUAAAAUCUGUACCAACACUUGAAUGGGAAAAUUGUUUUUCCAGCCUAUCGGCAGCUUUAUCUUGCAAGCUUGAUUCCUUCAUGUGUUGUGCCGUUUUCUGUGCUGUAAUUGACUGCCGCAAGGAGUAGCUUCCUGAACUGAACGUUAGGGGUGGACAGGAUGUAUUGCAAAUCAAUUUAUAUCUGAAGAUACGUUUUAUACAACUCCUCUCUUACACGGAUUAUUUUUCUUACAGACGCAGUUUAUUAAAAUAUCAAAGUUAUAAGUCUGUUAAAUGGCUGCUGAACAUGACCUUCACUUGACAUUUUGCUAAUUAUUUGCUGUCAUUUGCUGGAGUUCACCUUAUUUUGAAGACAGAUGUUAAAUGUAUUCCUUAAUAUGUUAUUCUUUGUGUUUUUUUUUAAAUUCUAAAUAACGUAGAAAUAACCUUCAACCCUUAA